UCUUACUUAGCAAUCCAAUAUGGCGAACAUUUCUGGUUUUAAAAUCAGCAUUUCAUAAUUAAAUUCCAGACGGACUAUCAAAUCAAUUUAUUUAUUCUAUUUCAUUUUUGGGGAAUAUAUUAACACGUGUCACCAUGGCAAACACUGCGAAGGAGGUUGUCCGUUCCAUAAUGUCAGACAAGUUCAAGAACCAGAAAUUUGGAUCCAUUAGAAGCGCGUGCUUGAAGAAAGGAGAAUUAUGGGAAGAUCCAGAAUUUCCCGCCAAUAAUAAAUCAUUAUUUUACAGUAAAGUUGACAAUGCCAUUGAAUGGAAAAGACCGAGUGAAUUGUGUAAAGUUCCGAAACUUGUGAUAGAAGGAGUUAGUUGUGACGAUUUAGUUCAAGGUGAAUUGGGAAACACGUGGUUUGUCACAGCAUGUGCAAGUUUAGUAUUACAGAAGAAAAUGUUUGAAAAGGUUGUACCAAAUCUCAAAGAACAGGAAUGGGACGAGUACUCAGAGAAACCUAAAUAUGCCGGUGUGUUCCAUUUUUCGUUUUGGAGAUUCGGACAGUGGAUUGAUAUAGUGGUAGAUGACAGAUUACCAACAAAGAAUGGCAAAUUGGUUUUCUGUCACUCAAAGUCUCGAAAUGAAUUCUGGAGUGCUUUAUUAGAAAAGGCUUAUGCAAAACUUUAUGGAGAUUAUGAAUCAUUAAUAGAAGGUGACACAGCUGAUGCUCUUGUAGAUUUCACGGGAGGCGUAGCCGAGAAAUUAGUAUUAAUGAAUAUAAAUCUACAGGAUGAUCAGAUGAAAAUGGCAUUGUUUAGAAAAUUACGAGACGCUAGUGAAAACCAGGCACUUAUAAACUGUAAUAUUCAGUGUAAACCUGAAGAGACCGGCAAGGAACUACCCCAAGGUUUAAUAUUAGGUCACGGCUACAAUAUUACCAAAGUAGCAGAGAUAAAUGUAGACAAGAAGUACCAGGGCGCUAUAGGCGCAUCUAAACUUCACAUGGUCAGAAUGGCUAAUCCAUGGGGUGUUAAAGAGUGGAAUGGACCAUGGGCAGACGGAUCUGCCGAAUGGAACAAAAUCGGGCAAACAGAAUGGACAAAACUUGGACUUAAAUUUCAACAGGAAGGCGAAUUUUGGAUGGCUUUUGACGAUUUUGUGAGUUAUUUAACGAACGUUGAUGUAUGUCAUUUUGUGAACACGGCAAUUAUAAGUCUAAAGAAAUCAUGGAAUGAGAGUAUUAUGCAUUCCGAAUGGUCGGUGCAAGGACGCAAUGGCGGAUGUGUUUACGAUUCGCCAACAUUCCUUAGCAAUCCACAGUACGUAUUUGACAUAAUACAAGAAGAAGACACAAUACUUGUUUCCCUGGAACAGCAUGAUAUUCAACCUGGAAGACAACAUUUUGGACGAACUCUAAACACAAUAGGAUAUAGAAUAAUGAAGGUUGAGGAGAACAGAAUAUACAGAAUGCACAUUCCAGGUGAACACAUUUUAUCAUCUGAUAUGGUGAAAGGAAGGAGUAUAUUUGGUACAAGCAAACUAUUUAAAGGCAGAUAUGUCAUCGUUCCAUGUACGGAAAAGACAGGAGAACAUGGACCAUUCAUGUUGAGAUUAUACACAAGUAGUAAAGCCAGUGGAAGGGAAUUGACAAAAGAAGGACCAACGAAGACAUGUCCUUGCUCAAAACUCCCAUUGAUAGUAACAACAUUGACGGUCAUGAAAUUGGAAGGAGUCACAAAACCUGCAGGAUCAAAGGUUAAAACCUUUGAUCCCAAAGUAGUUGUACGCUGUGAAGGAGAGAAGGUGGUAUCUAGAGUGAUAAAGGAAGAUCAAGGCGGUAAACAACGUGUUAACACAGCAGACGCAGAGUUCGACUUUAAAGUUACAUUUUACCGUAAAAAGCCGGAUGAGCCGAUCACUAUAGAGGUAAUUAAUAGUAACAGCUUUGUAGAUGAUUUUUGUUGUGAAGCCCGAGUUGACGAACAUGGCGGAGAAGACGGGAAAGACGUAAAAUGUACAGUUUAUGGAAAAGGGAAAGAAAAAGAUAUGGAAAGACCAGGAAAUGUGCACGUCUUUGUAAGAUCAAGUCAUGAUCUCCAAUUUCUGUGAACAUUAUCUUACUUUUUCAUUUCAAGUAUUAUCAAAAUGUACUUACCUCGAAGGCAUUUUCAUUCUACCAAUUUACAUUGCGUUUAAAAAUAUCAUUGAACGUGCAUUGUUUGUUUAAAGAACCAUGCAUGUAGUUGUGGUUUUUCUUGUUUGCUACCAAUAUCCAUUUUAACUAGAAAGAGAUUGAAUAAUAAAUAUUCCAUGUGGCUCGCUUAAGUAGGAUAUAUCGGUUAUUUGCAGAUUAGGCCGUACAUUUUGUAGAAGGAAUUGGUCAUUGUUCAUGUUUAAACACUACACGCACUGCCUUAUUUUAUGAACUAUACAUGUUUGUGCAAGCUGUAUCAUUUUUGCCGUAAAAGGCCAACAACCGAACAUAUUCAACAUGAUCAACACUCUAAUAACUAAUGAUAAAUUAAACAAUCUUAUGGUGAUUUUAAAUCAGAUAAUAACAGUUCAAUGAUAUAUUAAAAUGCAGUGUAAAUAACAACUACAUUCACAAACAUUAUAUAUUAGUACUAUUUGCAUGAAAGGUUUUUAAAGAUUUUAUUUCUUUCAAUCAUUUCAACGUAAAUGUCGCUCGAAAAAUAAGUUUUGAAUCUUUUAUAUUUUAAUUUAUAAGAAUAAUUUGUCAUGAUAUGCAUAUUUUUUUGCUUAUUUGAUCAAAGGGGUAUUCUAAAUGUCGCAUAUCAAUACUAUAUGGUUCUUCAAAUUUAGCACUUUGUCACAUUCUAUUUUCGAAGUUUUUCGAAUAGCCUAAGCUAACAGAAAACGUGACAAUGCUUUGUAUAUGAACCAUUGUGUUAUUACUAAUCUCAUAAAAUGUCAUUGGACUCAGUGGACUAAAUGAGUGACUAUUAUGUCUAUUGCAUGUAUGUCCCGCAUUCAUCGUUCAUCUUAUACAUCAAACUAUGUAGCUGUGAUAAAAAAAAACUGUUCGUUUAUUUUUUUGCCGAUAUGCUUUCUUUUUUUUAAAUGGUAAUUUCUUUUAAAGACUUCGUUAUGGAAAUGUGUUAAAUGUAUAUACAAUGAUGCAUUUUGUAUAUACAGAAAUAGGAUAGGGCUUUCAAUGCCAAAUAUACAAAUCAUUUUUAUAAAAUCAAGAAAUAAAGUGUCAUGCCGUAGGUUAAGAAUCGUUCUUAUAAUAGUAUACGUCGUUGUUUCUAUGUUAGCAUAUUUUAUAAUCUGUAGAAUACACCUUUCGGUUUAAUUCGUAUUGUAAUACGGAAAACAAACGUAUUGACAAGUGUUUGGCAAUCCCAAAAUUAAGUAAUAAUAUCACAUACACAAUUGACACUUGUCAACUAUUUAAAAGACAUCCUUGUAGCAUUUUCCGAUGUGCUUUUUUUACUCUACAUUGUGUUUCACAAAGCAGAACUGUGAUAUUUAUUAUGUCUCAUCUUUAAGUUCUAAUCAGUGAUAAUUGUAUAUAAAGUGUAUGUUGUUUUGCGUCUGAUUUUUUUUAUCAAUCAUAAUUAACAAGCAUUUGAUAUUUGAUGCUUUAAAGUCGGUCAUUUAUUUAUAUCAUUUUUGAAUCGAGAAAAGGAGUCAAGUUUAUUAUUAUUGGGAGGAAAAGUUAAAACCAUAUACUCAAUUGACACAAGUCAGCCUAUUUGAAUAUAUUGUUGCAGGAUUUUCAUAUUUGCUUCUUUACACUAAAAUAUAUUGAACAAAGCAGAUCUGUGAUAAUUAUUCUGUCUCGUCUUAAUGUUUCAAUCACAUAUAUAAAGUGUAUGUUAUUUUGCUUUUGAUUGUUUUGUUAAGUUAUUAAUAAUAUACGAUGCUUUACAGUGAGUUGAAUUAUUAUUUUCUUUUUAACAAACAAUCAAAACAAAAGGAAUCUAUCAUUAAAACUAAAUUAUUAUCUGACAAUAUGUUGAAAGUUAGCCGAAAUCAUUGUUAACAGAAAUAAAUUAAAGAAUAAUCGAUUUGAAUAUUGAAAUGAAGUGUACAUUCAAUGAUUUAUUUGCUGAUGGCGAAACUUGUCGAGAUUAACCGAAAUUUGCCGAAGUUUACCAAAGCUGUGUCAUAAGGUCAUCUUUGGGAUUUACUGCUCACGUUGUUGGUGUAUCUGAUGGAAACCUUAAUAAGGUGAUAUUGUUAAUCAGUCGUUUUGAUAAACGUUCAUGAUGAGUUGUUCAUCGAAAACAUACAGGGCAAAGAUGAUUUAUUAAUAAUUGGAGUUACCUCCCUUUUAAUAGAUCUUGUUAUGACAAAAAUGUACCGAUGUAAAAAGUUGUGAUACAUUAUUGGAUACCAUAAGAGUUUGUUUAUAGUGAUUAUCAAGUGAUUAUCAAGAGAUUUUGAGUUAUACUUAAUAUAUACAAUGUAACUGAGAGAACAAAGUUUCGUCUCUUGCUGAAAUCCUUUGAGGAGAUUUGUUUUCGACUUCAGCAAUUUAGCUGGCUAAAACCUACCAAAUGUUUAUGUUGUAGUAAAGUUAUCUUCCAUCUAACAAUGACACUUAAAAUUUUAGAUAAGGCAAAGGAUUUCAUUUGGUUUCGUUAUAUUACUUGUUGCUAUGUAUUAACUCUUAUGUAAAUAGAAAAAGUAAGAUGGAUUUCUUUAGUGACUGAAUAUUUGUAUAUUGAAUGUCUUUGCCUUUUUCGAGUGGCAUUAGCGAGGUAACCGCUAUGAAUGCUUUAAAUUUCUCGGUAAACCAAAUCCGUCCAUUUAAAUUUUACUAAUUUAAAAGUGUUAUUAUAUGUGAAGUGUUAUAAUAUAUGAACUUCUUUGUUGAAAUAGAUAUAGUUUAUUUAUUUUGUUUUAAUUCUUUAAAAAAGAAUUGUUAUUUGUACAUAUUUAAUUAAAUAGUAGUAAAUCUCUUCGUGAUGAGUAAUUUUUGUCUUAAACAUUUACAACACUUGGCGUCCUGGAACCUUGAUCAAAAAGGUUUUAAUUUUUUUAACUGACAUGAUCAAUAGUGGGACCUUUGAAAAUACUACCUUGUAUGAUAAUGUUACAGAAACAAAAAGCAUUCAGUAAACUUUUUUUGCUGUUGGCAAAAUUUGCAAUUGCUCUUCGACAAUAAUUGCAUUGUUUCAGAAUCUAAUACAUUUUGUGUUAUAUUUUCAAUGGCGUAAACCAAAACAACGUCAACAUCAACUUAUAGUUGACCAAUAGCAAAGUGUUAUUUCAUUUUGAUAUGCAAACAACAAAAUUAUUUAAAAUCUAUUGGACUUGUACACUUAUUUAACUAUUAAAGAUUUUCCGUAUUGCAGUCACUAUAUAUUAAAACAAAUGUUUGAGGCAAAUCGUCAAUGAUAAUUAUGUUUUGUUAUGUGUUUUAUACUAAAUACUUUAUACUGUGUCUAUGAAAAUUUCUAUUUUGUUUUCUGAAUAAAACAUUCUAACAUAA